AUGACGGCAGCAACGACGAUGAGCAUUCUCCUCAGAGCGAUCCCACCUGCAACGCGAGCCACAUCGACGGUCGCAGCGUGGGCUCGUUCUGCACGUCCGAUGCGCGGGGCGACAAGCAGCUUUGCAGCGAACGGUCGCAGAGGGUUCGUAUCAACCAAAGCCAGCAGGAAGGGGGCAGCCGAGUUCACAGGCAUGUCGGAACAAGGCCUGUCCGAGUCACAAGUGGACGUGAGGCGCGCGAUCCAAGCCGUCUGUUCGCGGUUCGACGACGACUACUGGCUGUACAAGGACCAGAACGCUGAGUACCCGCACGAGCUCUACGACGCACUCUCCGACGGACGAUGGAUUGGCAUCUGCAUGCCCGAAGCACUGGGCGGUGCCGGCCUGGGGAUCUCAGAGGCAACAGUAAUGCUGCAAACCAUCGCUGAAUCGGGCGCAGCCGUCGCGGGGGCCCAGUCGAUCCACGCCAACAUCUACCCGCUCAUGCCGAUCAUCGAGUUCGCCUCGCCCGAACAGCACGCGCGCUGGCUGCCCAGAAUGAUCGACGGGCGCAUUCGAUCCUGCUUCGGGAUCACAGAGCCAACGACGGGCUCCGAGACGCUCAAGCUCAAGACGAAAGCAGUCCGCAGCGGUGAAAAGUACGUGGUCAACGGAAGCAAGAUCUGGACGUCGUCGGCGCAGGUCGCUUCGCACAUGGUACUUCUGGCGCGCACAUCCGAGCCCGAACCAGGCUCUCGAUCGUCCGGGUUGAGCUUGUUCUUUGCCCCACUUCGCUCGAUGCCCAAUACGCCGCGGAAUGCGGGGGGCGCUGAAUUGGCAAAGGGGCUGGAGAUGAGGAAGAUCACAAAGAUGGGCGGAAGCACGGUCGACGCCAACGAGGUCUGGUUUGACGACUUUGAGAUUCCCGCCGACUGCCUCAUCGGCGAAGAGGGGAGGGGGUUCAAGUAUGUUCUGCACGGCAUGAAUGCCGAACGGUGCCUUCUGGCGGGUGAAGCGUUGGGCACGGGCUACGCGGCGCUCAGGAAGGCUGUCCAGUAUGCGGGGGACAGAGUGGUGUUUGGGAAACCGAUCGGCGCUAUGCAGGCUAUCCAACACCCACUGGCAAAGAGCUGGGCCCAGCUCGAGGCGGCGAGACACCUGACGUACGCUGCAGCGAGGAUGUACGACGACAGAGCGCCCGAUGCUGGGGCACAGGCGAACGCGGCCAAGUACGUCGCUGCGGAAGCUGGAUACUCGGCGUGCGAGACCGCAGUCAUGACGCUAGGUGGGAUGGGCUACGCAAAGGACUUCCACGUAGAGCGAUACUUUCGAGAAGUACUCGUCCCUCGACUUGCACCAGUCAGCCGCGAAAUGGUGCUCAACUAUCUGGGACAGCAUGUUCUUGGACUUCCAAAGUCGUACUGA